AUGGCGUCGUUUUGGCUCGUGUCUCCCUCUCCCGCUUCGCCAAGGUUUCUGAAACCCUCGUUUUCUCUCUCCCGUACCCAAUCCGCAGGCGUAUCCUCUUCUUCUUCUUCUUCUUCUUAUAACCCAGUAACCAUCACAAGCAGCAGCAAUCCUCCUAACACAAACCCGUAUCCCAACGCAAGCUUGUUGUUGUUGUUGGGCCCAUUCAGUCAAAGGCGCCGGAGUUGGAGUCCCAGUUGCGUUAACUUUGAUCUCAGACGCCAAGCGCACGUGUCGAGGAACUCGUCUUCUGCAUCCACAGGCGCCGACAAGGACGAUGAUGAGGCCUCUGCCAAGGUUGCAGUUGAGGGUUCUACUUGGAUCGACCUGUAUUUGCCGAGGCAAGCUCGCCCUUAUGCUAAGCUCGCUCGGCUCGACAAGGCCCAAGCCCUAUGGUUGUACGCUUGGCCUUGCAUGUGGUCAAUAACAUUGACAGCAACUCCAGGAGUACACCUGCCUGACAUUAAGAUGUUGACACUAUUUGUAUUUGGGGCUCUCGUUGUCAGGGGCGCCGCAUGCACCAUAAACGAUCUCCUUGACCGCGAUAUUGAUGCCAUGGUGGAGCGCACAAAGUCGCGGCCACUUGCAAGUGGUGUUUUGACACCUUUUCAGGGGCUCUGUUUUCUUGGAUUUCAAUUGCUUUUGGGUCUUGGACUUCUCCUUCAACUGAAUAAUUACAGCCGUGUUUUGGGGGCUGCGUGGCUGUUGCUAAUUUUCACCUACCCUCUCAUGAAGAGGGUGACAUAUUGGCCUCAAGCGUAUCUAGGUUUGAUGAUGAACUGGGGGGGUUUAUUAGGAUGGGCUGCAGUUAAAGGAACCAUUGAUCCAGCUAUAAUGCUGCCCUUGUACAUUUCUGGAGUAUUCUGGACACUCGUCUAUGAUACCAUAUAUGCACAUCAGGAUAAGGAAGAUGAUGUGAAAAUAGGUGUCAAGUCUACGGCAUUGAGAUUUGGCGAUUCAACCAAGAAAUGGCUUACUGGGUUUGGAAUUAUGUGCAUCACUAGUCUUGCCCUCGCUGGAUAUAAUGCUAAACUUGGGUGGGCGUACUAUGCAAGUUUGGGAGUUGCAUCUGGACAUUUAGCUUGGCAGAUAUGGACAGCUGACCUUUCAUCCCCGCUUGAUUGCAACAGAAAAUUUGUGUCGAACAAGUGGUUUGGUGCAAUUAUUUUCAUUGGAAUCCUACUUGGAAGACUUUUGCCAUGA